GUCCCCCAGACCAGGAACAGGCUUUACACUCAUAGGCCCCCCAAGUUCUGCUCGACAGGGCCGGGGGGAAGGCUCUGAACGUUGCCCAAAACGCACCCGCAGGGAGCGCUCCCCAUGGCUUUGCCAGCUCAGCCCACCAGAGAGCUGGAUGGAGUCGGUGCCCCUCCUCCCGCCUGUGGGAUUAACGUCUAAUGAAUCAGUGACCAAAGAGCAUGAACUUUAUAUCAAGAACCUUUCUAAGAAUCAGGGUUUUCUGUGGAAAGGGCUUGCCAGCCACGCCCAGUCAUCAGAAUGUUGGCGUGAAAGCAGAAUUGUCUGAGCGUCCUGUUGACAUCUCUCCCUAGAGCGGAACGCGCUGUGUGCGGAGUGCGGUGCGUGUGUGGAGUGCCGUGCGUGUGUGGGGUGGAGUGCGUGUGUGACAUGUGAGUACAGGCUCCUGUGCUCGUGUCCGCACGCCUGUCUCUGUGUUUCCCGGGGCUGAGAAGCCGUUGUGUCGCCCGCCUUUAGGUCGACAUCAUGGACAUCUGCGAGUCCAUCCUGGAGAGGAAGCGGCAUGACAGCGAGCGGUCUGCGUGCAGCCUCUUGGAGCUGAAUGACAUCGAAGCUGUCGAGGCUCUUGUGUGCAUGAGCUCCUGGGGUCAGAGGCCCCGGGCAGGCGACCUGUGGAAGAUGAGACCCCUCACGCCUGUGUCUGACUCUGGGGAUGUCGCCGCCCCUCUGCUGGUGGACGAGGCCACACCCGAGCUGCCCAAGGACCUCCAUUCCUUGUCGACGCUGUGCAUGACUCCUCCUCAGAGCCCUGACCUCAUGGAGCCAUUGGCGAGAACACUCGUUCCUUCCCAAGCACCUGAUUCCAAAGCACGGGUGGCAGCCAGCGCCCUCAGCCGGAGGGAGGAGAGGAGCCUGCCAGGUUUGAAGCCAGAGUGGCUGCAGCCGGCCCCUGGCGCCCCCUGCAGGGCUGUGGUGGCCGGUGCCACCCACCACGCCCUGGGGAGUCCUGCUCCCGGCCACAUUCCUGCCUCCCAGCCUCCAGACCACAGGGGAGGAGCAGCACCGCUUCGGGGACACGCGGAAGCUUUGCGGGACGCGCACCCCAGAGACACUCCCCUCACCGUGAACUCAGGGCCCCGUCCGCCUUGCUCCAAGAAGUCUGGCGACCGGGUCCCCCCCGACCAAGGCCAGCUGGCAGGUCGGCCGGUUGCGGUCCCACCCUGCUCACCAAAGAACUGUGAAAAUAACCUGCCCGGGAACACCGCGCCUCUCAUUUCUGUCCCCGUCCCCAGCCCCCCCGUCCUUUGCCAGAUGGUCCCUGUGACUGGACAGAGUGGCGUGUUGCCGGCAUUUUUGAAGGCACCUCCCCCCGUCUCCGCCGGGACUGUCGCACCCAUUCUGCCCCACGCUGCUCCAGGGCCCCAGCCGGUGCUCAUGGGACCACCUGUGCCUCCGGGAGCUGUGAUGCUGGUGCUGCCCCAGGGGGCGCUCCCCCAGCCCGCCUCCUGCUCCCCGGCAGGUGUCGUGGCUGCGGGGAACACCAGGUUGUUGCCUCUGGCCCCGGCCCCCGUGUUCAUCGCCACCAGUCACAACGGGGCCCCUCAGGCAGACUUUUCCCGAAGGAGGAACUAUGUUUGCAACUUUCCAGGCUGCCGGAAAACCUACUUCAAAAGUUCCCACCUCAAGGCUCACCUCCGCACCCACACAGGGGAGAAGCCGUUCAGCUGCAGCUGGGAUGGCUGCGAUAAGAGGUUCGCGCGCUCGGAUGAACUGUCCCGCCACCGCCGGACGCACACCGGGGAGAAGAAGUUCGCGUGCCCCGUGUGCGACCGGCGCUUCAUGCGCAGCGACCACCUGACCAAGCACGCCCGGCGUCACGUGACCACCAAGAAGCCACCUGGCUGGCAGGCAGAGGUUGGCAAACUGAACCGAAUCGCCUCGGCAGAGAAACCCAGGAGCCCGCUGGUGAGCAGGCCGGCCUCGGCCUGAAGGGCCGGCAGGGAGUCACCCAUGGGAACUUAAAAAGGCUUUUCAGGGAAGGACGGACUGAUGGUUCUCUCCCAAAACCACUGUCGUGGGGGCUGGGGAAGAGCAGAGGCUGGUUCUGAUGAGCGUAUGUUACCUGUUCUCUUUUUGGUUGAGACCCUGUUCAGUGUCUUUUGUAGUUUCAGAAGUUUUUUAAGGAAAAUGAAGAAAAUUUGACGAUCUAAAUCACCAGCAUUCAAACAUUUCGGCAAUAAAUUUUUAAAAAUCUGGAUUUUUACAGCCUUUCUAUUCAUGUUUUGUAGAAACGAGACAGGGUAUGACUUUAUACUGUUUUUUUAUGAAAAGAUUUAUAUUGUUGGUACUCCGAUCACCAGUUUCUAGAUAGAUGAUUUUGCAGUCUUUUCAAUGGUUCACGUUUUUAUAAGAACCCUUCUUUCAGUAACCUUGAAACAUUAUUCAGCCAGAAAAAAAAUAUCGCAAGUUUGUAAUCAGGCCUUUUAGAGCUAAGAAUUUUUUAGAAUCAAACUGGUUGACAGGGUCUCUUAGAGAAAUGCCACACUUUCCUCUGAAAGCGUGGCAGGCAGCUUCCUCGUGACAUUCUCUGGGGACGCUCCAGGCAGCCAUUCCUUCACAGCUGUAGCCCAAGGAUCAAAAUUUUGGUUGCAUAGAACUAGUCACCUGUGUCCGCGGUGUGACUUGUGCAGGAUGUACCCAGAGGAUGACUUUAACACACUCCACAGACAGACAAACAGACACCGUGUGGUCAGGGAGCCUCGGUAGGAUCUGUCUGUGCUCUGUGGAGAGCACAGCAUUCGCAAUUCCCUGUUUGUACCUCAAACACCGAGGGAAAAAAAGAAGAAAAAAGAUGCCGUAAGCACGUUACCCAGCUGCCCAGUUGUCAGGGACUUUUACUGUGGCCUCUUCCGUAGUAUUUUUGUGGGCAGAGCAACUUCUUAGAGCAGCAGGGAGUGGUCUCAUUGGUGGGAGGAACUUCCCACCCAAGUACAGGUCUGUACUCUGCACACCCAGGCGAAGGUGCAUGCAGGCGGCCCAGCCCAGUGGUCUGGCUCCUUGAUCCAUUGAGAACUGGAGGAAAUGCAAGUUAUGCUUUUCCAGCUGCCACCCAGCUGCCCUUUCACUUGUGGUGUUUGAAGGAAACUGAUCACAGAAAACUCCUUGCAUUGGGGGUGUUUUGCCGUCCGACAGGAAGUAGACCACGGGCACCGACGUUGAAGCUGUGAGCACAGGCCCUCGCUCCACAGCGCCUGCCCCUGGCGACACCGAGAAUCCAGGCGGCAGAACGUGCGAAGGAACGGAGGGAUGGUGUCCAUUGUGCCUGGUGUUCAGAGUUUGUCUUUGCCUCUUGGGGCUUGGCAUUUACCUUUAUUAGAAGGAUGGUAAGGUGAGAUAUUGAAUAAAUAUAAUGAGGUUCGUGCAAGAGAACACCAAUUAGAUGCAUACAGCGCCGGUCCUUUCUCUCCCACUCAUACCUUUAAAUCAGCAUGAACACCUCUGUGUGCAUGUCCGAGGCGGCAUUAAGUUUGGGUAUUUCCCCUCAUUAUGCAAAACAAUGUUAGUCCUGCCAAUGUGGUGGCGGAUCCCACAAGGUGGAGUGCUUGCUCGCGCGUCACGCGGAAUGUCAUGCUCUGAGCAGCGUUUCUAAGGAGACGGGCUGCCCGUGGUUUUGAUUUGCGCUUCCAUUCCUGAUCGGAUGUAGAAAUGCCUCCUGGAAACAGACUUCCUUUGCCUUCUGUCUGUCCCUG